GGUGGAACAAUCCCAUGACUGUCCAGCGCACACCUUAAGGCACCUGUUCAGUUCAGAGGCUCAUGAUUCAGACAGGUCCCAGAGAUAUCCAUCUCCAACUCCAACGACUACGACAGCGCGCGGAUUCACACAUUGUUUGCUGGCCCUACUGAACUUGCCAUCGCCUCUGGUAUUGCCGACCUCGACUCUCUCGAUUUGCUGCGUACAAAUAGGAAGAUGGCUCUCAAAUUUGCUCCCUUUGGCUCAGAGAUAGAGCUUCCGUUCUACGAUAACUUGUCCCAGUCAAAGAUCGAUCAUGACAAGCUGGACGAUUCCGCACGCCGAGUCCUGGGCCUGUACGAGCCUCGUGUGACCUUGGCGCCCGAUGAGAGUUGUAAAAUGAUGGUCUUGGGCAACGCUUUGACUAGUGAAGAUGUUCCUGCUGGCCACAUCCGUGCUGAAGGGAGUAUCAAGAAUGUAAAUACCAUCGAGGACUUCAAGAACGCCGACAAGGCACAGUUGCUGAAUAGAGCUGCUAAGACGAUCUGGGAUGCCAUUAAUGAUGGCACGAUCUACUCCAUUCAGUCCCUGCUCUCUUCGUUUACAAUUCUCUCCUUCGCAAACCUGAAGAAAUACACUUUCACGUAUUGGUUUGCGUUCCCUGCUCUUCAUUCCGACCCCAUAUGGAGGCAGGUCGAUGCUCCGGCUCCUGACCAACUGACUGGAAAGGAGACUACUUCUCUUGCAGAUGAGAUCGGCACCUGGAGAUACAGCACUGACAGCCGAGAGCAUGGCUUCUUCCUGGCCAAGAAAGUUCAUCGAUCAUCUACUGAAGGCGAGCGCCCCACAACGCCAGGUACGCCUGCCGACGAGCUGGGCUACAAGUGGGUAGUUGGCUCUCUCCGAGAGUUCGAGACCGGUUUCUUCAGCGGGAUUCCCGAGGAAGAUCAAUAUGUUGCAUUCGUCGACCCCUCUACUUAUCCCGAUAAUCCAGGAUGGAUGCUGCGAAAUCUGUUGGUCCUCAUCAAGAGAAGAUUCAAGCUCAAGAAAGUCCAAAUUCUGUGCUACAGAGAUACCCAAGCUCGUCGCCAUGAGGCAAGGAGCCGCAUCCUCGUUUUGGAGACCCAGGGCGAAGUUUCAGAUGACGAUGCGAUGCCGAAAGUAACUGGCUGGGAGCGUAAUAAUGUUGGCAAACUUACCCCGAAAGUCAUCAACUUGGCUCAAUACCAGGAUCCCGUCCACUUGGCGGACCAAGCUGUCGACCUGAACUUGAAGCUAAUGAAGUGGCGAAUCGCACCAGAUUUGAACUUGAACAAAAUCAAGGACACGAAGUGUCUUCUCCUGGGUGCAGGUACUCUUGGAUCUUACGUCUCUCGUAUCCUCAUGGGCUGGGGAGUUCGGAAGAUUACAUUUAUCGACAACGGCACCGUUUCAUUCUCGAACCCAGUUCGUCAGCCGUUAUUUGACUUUAAGGACUGCAUAAAUGGUGGUGCACAGAAGGCCUACAGAGCUGCUGAAGCACUGCAGGAAAUUUACCCAGGAGUCGAUAGUCGUGGAUUUGUUAUGUCUGUUCCUAUGCUUGGUCACCCCAUCACAGACGAGCAAAACGCCAGACUUGACUUCGAGACCCUUGAGAAACUGAUUGAUGAACAUGACGCCAUCUUCCUCCUCAUGGAUACCCGCGAGUCUCGAUGGCUUCCGACCAUGAUGGGAAAAGCUAAGAAUAAGCUCGUUCUGAACGCCGCCUUGGGUUUCGAUACAUAUGUUGUCAUGAGACACGGUGUAUUCCAGAAGGACGAGAAGGCAGCAACUUUGGGUUGUUAUUUCUGCAAUGAUGUUGUGGCUCCGGCGGAUUCCAUUAAAGAUCAAACCCUCGAUCAACAGUGUACAGUCACUCGUCCAGGAGUUGCGCCAAUAGCAUCUGCUUUGCUUGUUGAAAUGUUGACAUCCGUUUUACAACACCCAGCUGGUCCUCGCGCUCCGGCCCCCAAGAUGGCUUCCAACCAAGAUUCAACAGGACGUGUUGAUUAUGUACGAGAUCCCUUGGAUCAUCCUCUUGGCCUCGUUCCGCACCAAAUUCGUGGUUUCCUCUCCACAUACCAGAACAUGAUGAUCAGUGGUCAAUCGUACGAUUGUUGCUCAGCAUGCUCUCCAAAGAUUGUUGAUGAGUACCGACGUUCGGGCUGGGAGUUUAUCAAGCGUGCAUUAACGGAGGCUGACUACAUCAGUGAGCUUAGUGGUCUGGCGGAUGUCCAGCGGGCGGCAGAUGCUGCGGCAGAUGAUGUUGACUGGGACAGCGAGGAAGGAUUGGAAGACGAAGGCGAAGGAGAAUUGAUUGAUGCUUAACGAGUGAGUGUAACAUGAGAGAUG